AAAUAUGAAAGUCAGAUUCGCGUAUUGGGUGGGUAUUACGACUAAGAACGCGGUUUCAGUAAAUCGCUGAAUUUCUUUUCUUCUUUAAAUAUUCGUCGCCGUUUUAGUUUCGGAAUCGGUGGCGAUCGCCGAUUUACCCAUCUCCAACGAUUUCGUGGUUCGGAGACCUAGACCUUCUCUCCUCUUCCCUUGAUCGAAGGAGGCGGCGAACGAAGACGCCGAAUGGACUCGAAUCCAAAGCUCUCGUUAAUGGUUGCUGUUCUUUCGGCGAUCGCUGGAUUGGCGGCUGCUUCGAGCUUUAUCUCAGAUGAUGCGUCGGUGCCUCAUGGAUCUGGUGGUCGGAGCUUGCUCCAAGCAACAACUAGUUGCCCUGUGAACUUUGAGUUCAUGAACUAUACAAUCAUCACAAGCCGGUGCAAGGGUCCCCGGUAUCCGGCAGAUCAAUGUUGCAGAGCUCUCACGGAUUUUGCAUGCCCGUAUGCUGAACAAAUAAACAAUUUGACGAACGAUUGUGCACAAAUCAUGUUCAGUUACAUCCAUCUCUACGGGAACUACCCUCCAGGGCUAUUCGCGAACGAAUGCCACGGUGGCAAGUUAGGGAUUUCUUGCAUGGCUAGUGCCCCACAGCCGCCGAUCAGUUCACGCACAGGACGCAAGAACCAAAGCCUUAUUUCUUUGGCCUUGCUUUUGUGUGGUCUCCUAGGGUUUAUGCUUUGUUAACCAAAGUGGAAUAAGUUGUAGAUUUCCAAAAGAUGCAAGACCACAGUCCAAUAUUAUUACAGUUGAGUUAAAUUUGAUAAAAUUGUUAUAGGAAUAUGGCCAUGUGUUAUCACUAUGUAUCUAUUAAUUCGAUAGAACAAUAAGAUUUUUUUAGUAA